CUCCUCUCCGAUCCGGUCUUGCUCUUUUCGUGCUGCCAGUUCCAUAAAACAUGAAGUUUUGCUGCCCCUCGUAUUAGUCUUAACGCUGCUGCCGCCGAGAAAACAUCGCUCUAAAUAUUGAAAAGGAAUUGUGUGCGGACGACGGACGGAUUGUGUGAAAUUUUAAACGACUUUGCAAUGCCACGCCCAUUGAAAAUGACCUACGGUGAUCAGAAGCCCCCAUACUCGUACAUAUCGUUAACGGCCAUGGCCAUUAUACAUUCUCCGCAACGAUUGCUGCCGCUCAGUGAGAUAUAUCGAUUUAUUAUGGAGCAGUUCCCCUAUUACCGGAAGAACACGCAAAAAUGGCAAAACUCAUUGCGGCACAAUCUGAGUUUCAACGAUUGUUUUAUCAAAGUGCCACGGAAUGUGACGAAGGCGGGCAAGGGAUCAUACUGGACCCUCCAUCCGAUGGCCUUCGAUAUGUUCGAAAAUGGAAGCCUGCUGAGGAGGCGAAAGCGUUUCCGCGUCAAACAGCUCGAAAAGGAUAUAUCAAACUGGAAAUUUGCCGCCGCCAAUACAGAGAUGGUAUCCCAUUACCUGGACGACCAGCUAACGCAGAUGGCUUUUGCCGAUCCGUCGCGGAAUGGUCAUAUGCCCAACAGCUACGAUCUCGGACAUACAUCUGUUGCUCAAAUGUCACCAUAUAAGGGUAUUCCGCCGAUCCUUCCGUCGACUUUAACUCAACUUCCGGUGCGGCCAAAGCGUGCUUUCACCAUCGAGAGUCUGAUAGCUCCGGAUCCUACUAGUACGGCAAGUGAGGGACCAGUGCACAAGGAUUACGGGGCUCCAGAUGCCGACGCGUUGAAAAAGCCGCCGUUCAAUUUGCCAUUUAAUUUUAACGAGCUCGCCGCGCAGUAUCACAUGUACUUUCCAAGUUUUCUAUACAACAGCCAAUUUGGCAAUAUACCUUGCUACCAGAAAACACCGCCGCUUUUUCAUAACGACCCGUUGCCGGUCUUUUAAACGUUACAGUUAUCCGUAGAGUUAAAUAUUGCUAUAUAUAUGUAUCUAAAACAUACUCAUUAGUGGUCCUAUUAUUAUAAUUUUAUGUUAUUUACU